CAGAAUGAUUGACCACACUUCCCAACCCCUUUCCUCCGGCCUGAGCUCUUGGUCACGGUACGACGUGGGACAAUACCGCCCUAGCAGCACCGAUCACUGGGCCAAGAACAGAACCAAGGCAUUGCUGGGUCUCGAGCCACGGUCACAGACGUUCAUUAGACAAAUAAGACCAGUGCCCACGUCCUUUGACGAACUCGUUGCUGGCGGCCUAAAGAUGUCCCAGAACGGGUUGCCCCAACCUGCUCGGCAGAGUCUGAGACUCAGCCGGGAAAAAACCAGGACGUCCUUUAACGAACGCGCCAAAUCCGGUUUCCAGUACUGGUUGAUUGACAGACCAAAACCAACUUCUUUUGGAAAAUACGGAAUGGGAUCUUACAAAACGGUCCUAGGAAUAGGCAAUGCUCCCAGAACUUAAUGGUCAUUUUUCGUUACACCUAACUUCGCUAUCUCUAUCUAUGCAACUCCUUCGGGACAAGGUUGUUGACAUUACACAAAACACUAUACCAUGCCGUUUGUGAUAAUACAGCAAUGUUAAAAAAAAUUCAUUUUAUUGAUGUCGGUAUGUACACAGAUGAUACUUUCAACGAUGCCCUUACAUUUUAUGUUUUUGAUCUCUGUUGUCUUCUUUAAGUUUAAAACAUUCCCAGUGUAGACAAAUACUGUUAGCGACGGUUGGUUGAUGUUAAGUUAUGUAAAUAUUGUAAAUAGUAUUUAUGUUGCCCUGCUUUUAGUCCGGAAUCUCUUGCGUAUAUAGGGUCAAAUCAUGUUUCGCUUGCUGUACCAAUGUCAAAAAGGAUGAUUGUUCUUCUAAACUUAACACUAUGUAAGGUUUUGUCUAGUAUUUAUGCUGUUUGAGGGACAUUAAUUUAAGAUAUUUAUAAGUAUCUUUGUUUUCCUCUUUCGUGUUUCCUUCUUUAUCUAAUUUGUGUUACCGGACUUGUUUAUUUAUGUUGAUGUACAAAUAUUCCUAAGGUAGAGUUAUCGCAUGAUAUAACAGCCUUAGCAUUUGCCAUAGCAGUAUUACAUUUGUUGUAUAGAAUUUGUUUGACCACUUAUAGAAUGAUAUCGUGUUCUUGUAAUAUUUUGUUGUUCAAAAUACACUCAUAAAGGACUAGUGGUCAGUGACUUGCCCACUACACACAAGGUAUAUCAAAUAAAUGCAGGACAUGCACCUUGUGAAGCUAUGCUUUGCUUUGUGUAUAUGUUGUAAAUAAAUCUGAUCACAGAAAGUUG